AUGGCGCUGCGGUGGAGGCGGGCCCCGGAGCGCUGGGCCGCUGAACGGCGGCGGGAGCGGGAGGAGCGCACCCGGCAGCAGUGGGAGCGGGCCAGCCUCUCCUUCGCCAGAGCCGCUGUUUGCUGCUCCAGGCAGGCAAGGUGGAGCGAACCCCGGGUUCGCCCGCCCAGGUACCAGAGUGGCCGGCCGGGCACCGGGAGACCGGCAGGCUUCUCCGCCUGACGCGGUGGGUGUACCUGUAGCCCGGCGGCGGUGCGGCGGGAGGCGGAGGAGGCGGCGGCGCGGCUGGAGCAGCGGCGGGAGCGGCUGCGGAGGCUGCUCGAUGAGGAGCGGGAGGCGUUGGCGGCGGAGCUGCGGCGCGGCCGCGGGGCUGAAGCCGUCGGGAUGCGGCAGCAGAGUGAGGAGCUGCGAGCUGGCCGGGAGGAGCGAAGGAGGAAGGUUGCUGAGCAGCUGCUCAGCUCUGAGAACUGCUGGCACUGCUGGCAUCUGUUGUGUCUACAGGUGGAGUUGGAGCUGCCCAGGAAGCAUGUGAUGGAGGCAUGGGGAGAUCAGUUCAUGGAAAAAAACAAGCAAGAAGCAGCUGAACUUGAAGAGAAAAAACGUUACGAGAAUGAGCAUGAAGUUGCACGAAGGGAAGCUCUGGAAAGAAUGAGACAAGAGGAAGAGAAGCGUCGGCUGGAAGAGAAGAAGCAAGCAGAGAUGUUGCUUCAGCAAGUAGAAGAACUGAAAUUACAGGAGGCAGAGGCCACAAAGUUGAAAAAAGAACAAGAGAAUUUAUUAAAGCAGCAGUGGGAGCUGGAGAAUUUGGAAGAAGAAAGGAGACUAAUGGAAGAGCACCGGAAGAAGAAGGAGCUUGGUCUGUUUUUGAAGCAUCAGUGUGAUGCCCAGCUGAAGAGACGAGCCCAGCAGAUCCUAGAGGAGCUGGAGAUGGACAGGCAGAUCCUAUCAGCCCUCCUGGAGAAGGAGGAUGAGGAGCAGCGCCGCCGUUGCGCGCAGCGGGAGCGAGCGGUCGCCGACGUGGCCUGGAUGAAAAGAGUCAUCGAGGAGCAGCUCCAGUUAGAAAAGCAGAGGGAGGCAGAGCUGCAGACUAUUUUCAGAGAAGAAGCUAAAAAAAUGUGGGAGAAGAGGGAAGAGGAAUGGGAAAGGGAGAAGAAGGCCAGAGAUCGCCUGAUGAGUGAGGUGCUGGCAGGCAGGCAGCGCCAGAUCCAGGAGAAGAUGGCAUUGAACAGGCAAGCCCAGGAGGAGUCCAUAAGGUAUCGAGAGCAGCUGAUUCAGGAGCUGGAGGAGGCAAAAGAGCUGGCAAGGAGGGAGAAGGAGAAGGAGGAGGAGCUGAAGGCAGCCCGCAGGCAGGAGCUGGAGGCACAGGUGGCAGAGCGUCGCCGGCAAGAGCAGGAGGAGCAGCAGCGCCAGAAGGAGGCAGAGGAGGAGAGCUCAGCCUGGCAGCAGGACAGGGAGCUGGCACGGCACAAGCCUGGGUACCACAGCAGGAGCGACAUCCGUGACCCAUCCACCUGCCAGGCAGCACUGCCUGGCUUACUCCUUGGGUAA